AUGGAAUCCGCAGCCAAGCCCGAUAUCAACAUUAGCAGCAGCCUUGUCUUGCUUCGGGGGCCCGCUCUGAUUGCGAUUGGUUCUUCCUGGGCGCUUUGCUUGUUCCUGCGAACCCUGUCGUGGUUCUCUUUCGCGCAACUCGGACUACUUUUCUUUGGCUUUGCGCUUUUAGUAGUUGAUGCGAGGCGUGUAGGAGAACGGCAAUGUCGUGCUAUCAUUCAGAGAUGGCUGGAUAGUGUUGUCUGGGAUGACGCAUUGAUACUCUUCUUCAAGCCUGCAUUCAGCUGGUAUGGCUUGUUCACCGAGACGAUUCUAGGCCAAGCCAUGUGGAUGUACAGUCUCCCAGCAACUGCUUCUCAAAGAGUGACGCUGACACAAGCUUCCCUUGGAGUCGAUGAACAAACAGCAAACCGAAUUCUUUUUGAACCAGGAGGAUUCAAGCAAGAGUUGUUUCCGAAGUCCUUCUUGCGCUGGCUAGAUGGUGACACAACGACGGAGACAAAAGAUUCCGAGGACCAUAGCAGCUCGGAUUCGGAGGAACCAAAAUCAGAGGAACCAGCUGCUGAGGAUCAGAAUGAUAGCGAGCCAAAAAAUCUUUCAACAGAAGAAGGAUUCCAAAUUGUUACCAAGCCGGGGCAACUCACAAGCGACCCACAAAAGCAGAGUAGCAACGAAAUCGUGGAGAGCUCAACAAUAAGCAACAACGUGUCUAGAGACUAUGUCUUGCUGUCCAAAACAAUUCAAUCGAUACUCCGGAAAACUCUUAUGGAACACCUCCAUCAGAUGCUCAAAUUCGGAAACCAAGAGUCCAAGAUUGUGGCUGCAGUGGGUCUGGCUGCAACAGUAUCCUUGGCGAUUCAGCUUCGCAUCAGCAGCCGUGCAAGGAAGAUUGCAAUUUUUUUGCUCGAAAUGGCGUCGUUAGCUGGACUGUCCUCUGUCAUUAUGGGAGCACUGACUUUGUUGACUGCACUUCCGAGCGAUGCAAAUAAUGGAACACGCGAGACGCGGGCUGCCAUUCUGAAACAGGUCAUCACGUUGAUCCCCCGAAUGAGCGGGGUGAAUGGCCGCCAACGUGGGGUAGGUAUCUCGUCGUUGGGGCUAUUGGCAUUCGCUGCGUGGAAAAGGAAACAACGGGUGAAGAAUGGAUCAAAUCGUCGUUGA